AUGCCUAUCAUCGACACGAGGAAAGACCUCGCGGCGCUUUUUGCCGCCCAGGUCGAGGCCACGCCCGACGCUCCUGCGCUCGAGGACGGGCCCAAGACGUGGACUUAUGCCGAGCUCGACCGUGAUGUCACCGCUCUGGCCCAGAGGCUUCGUCGGCAUGGCGUCGGCCGGGACGAUCCUGUCGGCGUCCUGAUGGGACGUGGCGGAGACUAUGUCAUCGCCUGCCUCGCUGCACUCCGAGCUGGCGGUGCCUUUCUGGUCCUCGAGCUCGCCUACCCUCCAGGCCUGCUGGCGAAUGUGAUCGACGAUGCAAAGCCCAAGGUGAUCCUCACCCAGAAGGCUCAUGCCGCGCACAUCAAGGCCGACGUCCCCAUCUUCAUCCUCGACGAGCCCGUCGAGCAGGCGAAUGGCUCGGCGACAAACGGCCACGCAAAGAAGGAGCUGCCGCCGCUCCCAGCCGACGACGACCUCGACAGGUUAGCCUUCAUCUCCUACUCGUCGGGCACGACGGGCACCCCCAAGGGCAUCGCCAACCCGCACCGCGCGCCGGUGCUGUCUUACGAUCUGCGUUUCCAAGUGAGCGACCUCGGUCCCGGCGACCGCGUCGCCUGUAAUGUCUUUUUCAUCUGGGAGAUCAUCCGGCCUCUGCUGCGCGGCGCCACCGUCAUCACCGUCCCCGACGAGGCGAGCUACGACCCGGUGUCGCUCGUCAACCUGCUGUCCGAGAAGCGCGUCACCGAGACCCUCAUGACCCCGACCCUCCUGGCCACCGUCAUCUCCCGCCACCCCAAGCUCGGCAGCCGCCUACCGCACCUCAAGACCGUCUGGUUCAACGGCGAGGUCGUCUACACCGACCUCGUCCGCCGCGCCAUCAAGGCCCUGCCCAGCACCCGCCUGCUCAACUGCUACAGCGCCAGCGAGACCCACGAGAUCGCCUGCGGCGACCUGAGGGAGAUGCUCGACGACGACUCGUCCGUGUGCGCCGUGGGGCCCCUCAUGGACCCCAGGCGCAUGUACGUGCUGGACGAGAGCGGCACCCGGAAGGUCGAGCAGGGCGACGUCGGCGAGCUGUUUGUGGGCGGCGAUCUGCUGGCGCGGGGCUACCUGAACCUGCCCGAGACGACGGCCAAGGCUUUCGUCGCCGAUCCCUUCGACCCCGCGCCCGGCGCCCGCAUGUACCGCACGGGCGACUUGGCGCGCAUCCUCCCCUCUGGCCUGCUGCAGAUCACCGGUCGCGUCGGGUCCAUGGUCAAGAUCCGCGGCUACACCAUCCAGAUUGGCGCCGUCGAGCACGCCAUAACCAAGCACCUCGCCGUCAGGACGUGCGCCGUCGUCACCCACGGCGACGGCCUCGAGAGACAGCUUGUCGCCUACAUCGUGCACGACAAGGAGGAGCCCGGCGACCGCACCGUGCCGACCGUUGACGAGACCGGCCACAGUCCCGUCUCCCGCCGCGUCCUGGCGCAGCACCUCGCCCAGUACAUGAUCCCUGCCCUCUGGGUCGAGCUGGAAGAAAUGCCGACCCACGAGGUCUCCCAAAAGGCCGACUACGCCCGCCUGCCUCCGCCGCCGACCGGCCGCAAGACCAACGGGACCAAGGACGAGGACAAGGACAUCAAGAUCAGCCUCGAGACCAUCCGCCAGCUCUGGGCCGAGUCGCUCAACGUCGGCAAGGCCGCCAUCACCCAGGAGCACGACUUCUUCGACAUGGGCGGCCACUCUCUGAGCUUGGCCGACCUCGGCAGCCGCAUCUCGAGGACGUUCGGGUUCCCCGUCCCGCUGCCGCGCCUCGCCGAGGAUCCUACCCUCGAGGGUCACCUGAAGGUCGUCCGCGCCGCUCGCGACGGCCACACCGCUGCCGUGCAGGCCGACCUGCCCGGCGUCAUGAAGGCGGACGCGACUUUGCCCGACGACAUCCAGGCUUCGGGAGCCGAGUUCUGCCAGAUCAAGGAGGCCACCACGAUCCUCCUGACGGGCGUGACCGGCUUCCUCGGCGCGUUCCUGCUCAAGGACCUGCUAGAGAACACGUCGGCCCAGAUCGUCUGCCUGGUCCGCUUCCCCAACCCGACCGAGCAGACCAAGGGCGCCGGCAUGGCCCGCCUGCGCAAGAACCUGCUCGACCUCGGCAUCUGGGACGACGCGGUGCUCGACCGCGUCGAGAUCCAGCCGGGCAACCUCGCGCGCAAGCGCUUCGGCCUGCCCAACGACGACUUCGAGGAGCUCGCGCGCCGCGUGCAGGUCGUCAUCCACGCCGGCGCCACCGUGAACCUGGUCUACCCCUACGCCGCCAUGCGCGGCGUCAACGUCGGCGGCACGCGCGAGAUCCUGCGCCUCGCGGGCCUCGGCGGCGCCACCGUGCACCACAUCUCCACCAACGGCGUGCUGCCGCCCUCGGCCGAGGGCUGGGACGAGGACACGGUCGUCGACGUCGGCGCCGCCGAGAAGAGGCUGCUCGACGGCUACGGGCAGACCAAGUGGGUGGCCGAGCAGCUCGUGCUCGAGGCCGGCCGCCGCGGGCUGCCCGCCAGGAUAUACCGCCCCGGCACCAUCAGCGGCCACACGGCAUCCGGGUCGACCAACACGUACGACCUCGUCAACGCCGUGCUCGUCGAGUCGCUGCACCUGGGCUACUCGCCCGACGUCGACGGCUGGCUGCUCGAGAUGACCCCCGUCGACUUUGUCGCGCGGUCCGUCGUCGCGCUGGCCAACUACAAGGGCACCACCGCCGAUCAGCAAACCGUCUUCCACCUCGGCGAGCCGAACCCGUGCACCGCCAACGCCGUCUUCGAGCACAUGGCCGAGCUGGGCUACCCGACCAAGAAGCUGAAGUGGGACGACUGGAUGGCGAAAUGGAGCCGGGAGCGCGGCGACGACAAGACCGAGGACAACUCGUUCACGGUGGGCAUCCUGCGCAACGGCAUGCCGAGCGAGGGCUUCCUCAAGCUCGUCACCGUGCUCAAGGACCCCCGCACGGCGCCCGUGCUGGCCAAGUGCUGGCUCACCCGGCCGUCGAUCGACCGCGACCUCUGGAGGACGUACAUCCGCCACUUUUACGCGCGGGGCUGGCUGCCGCGCCCGCCUCUGCAGGGCGCCAGCACGGCGGCGGCUACCCCCCAGGAGGAGGAGGAGGAGAAGAAGGGCCCCCUCGCGGGCCGCGUCGCCGUCGUCGUCGGCGCGUCGUCGGGCAUGGGCGCCGCCAUCGCGACCAAGCUGAUCAAGGAGGGCGCCAAGGUGGCGCUCGCGGCGCGCCGGCCGGCCAUGCUCGAGGCGCUCAAGAAGAAGUGCGGCGGCACCGACGCCAACGUGCUCGUGCACCCGACCGACGUGACCAAGCGCGAGCAGGUCGAGGAGCUCGUGCGCGCGGCGGCCGCCAAGCUCGGCGGCGACGUCGAGAUCCUCGUCAACUGCGCCGGCGUCAUGUACUACACGCUCAUGGCCGGCGCCCGGACGGAGCAGUGGGAGCAGACGGUCGACGUCAACUGCAAGGGCCUGCUGCACUGCCUGGCCGCCGCCGUCCCCGGCUUCCUGGCGCGCGGCAAGGGCCACGUCGUGGCCAUCACGUCCGACGCCGGGCGCAAGGUCUUUCCCGGCCUCGGCGUGUACUCGGGCAGCAAGUUCUUCAUGGAGGGCGUGCUGCAGGCGCUGCGGCUCGAGACGGCGGGCACCGGGCUGCGGGUCACGAGCGUGCAGCCGGGCAACGUGCGGACGGACCUGCUGAGCAUGUCUACCGACGACGAGGCCGUGGCCAAGUACGGCGCGCCCUCCGGGGCGAAAGUCCUGGCCCCGGAGGAGGUGGCGGACGCGGUGGUCUAUGCGCUCUCGCAGCCGGAGCAUGUGGCCGUCAAUGAGAUUCUCAUUGAGCCGAGGGACGAGCCUAUCUAG